AGGCACCGGAAGCGCUUGUGAGUCUGUAGCCCGGGCCCAGGUUUGCCCCACGCGCCGCGCUGAAGACCGGCUGCGUGGUUUCUAUCGGGAGUGGAUGGAGCCCAGAGUCGACCGGACCUCCGCAGCGAUGGAGCGAGACGCAGGAGGCCGCUCGGCCAGCGCACUGUUCGCAGGGUUCCGGGCCUUAGGGCUUUUCAGCAACGACAUUCCACACGUGGUGCGGUUCAACGCGCUGAAGCGCCGCUUCUACGUGACCACCUGCGUGGGCAAGAGCUUCCACACCUACGACGUUCAGAAACUUAGUUUGGUCGCAGUAAGUAACUCUCUUCCACAGGAUAUCUGCUGUAUGGCAGCUGAUGGGAGGCUGGUCUUUGCUGCUUAUGGAAAUGUUUUCUCUGCAUUUGCCCGUAAUAAAGAGGUAGUACAUACCUUUAAGGGUCAUAAGGCAGAAAUCCAUCUUUUGCAACCCUUUGGGGAUCAUGUUAUCUCUGUUGAUACUGACAGCAUUCUUAUUAUUUGGCACAUAUACUCAGAAGAAGAAUAUCUGCAAUUGACUUUUGAUAAAUCGGUAUUUAAAAUUUCUGCAAUUUUGCAUCCAAGUACCUACUUGAAUAAAAUACUUCUUGGCAGUGAACAAGGAAGCCUGCAGUUGUGGAAUGUGAAAUCCAAUAAACUUCUAUAUACAUUUCCGGGAUGGAAAGUUGGAGUGACGGCUCUUCAGCAGGCACCAGCUGUGGAUGUUGUUGCUGUUGGUCUUAUGUCGGGUCAGGUUAUCAUUCAUAACAUUAAGUUUGAUGAAACAUUAAUGAAGUUUCGUCAAGACUGGGGACCUAUUACUUCUAUUUCAUUUCGCACAGAUGGUCAUCCAAUAAUGGCAGCCGGAAGCCCAUGUGGCCAUAUUGGACUCUGGGAUCUUGAAGACAAAAAAUUUAUCAAUCAAAUGAGAAAUGCACAUUCUACAGCAAUUGCCGGAUUGACAUUUCUCCAUAGGGAGCCACUUCUUGUCACAAAUGGCGCUGACAAUGCUCUUAGGGUAUGGAUAUUUGAUGGUCCCACUGGUGAAGGCCGGCUUUUGAGAUUCAGAAUGGGACAUAGUGCUCCUCUUACCAAAAUUAGAUAUUAUGGACAAAAUGGACAACAGAUUCUUAGUGCAAGUCAAGAUGGAACUCUUCAGUCAUUUUCCACAAUACAUGAAAAAUUUAACAAGAGUUUGGGGCAUGGAUUAAUAAAUAAAAAAAGAGUUAAACGUAAAGGACUUCAAAACACCCUGUCAGUGAGACUUCCGCCCAUCACAAAAUUUGCAGCUGAGGAAGCUCGUGAAAGUGACUGGGAUGGUAUUAUUGCUUGCCAUCAGGGUAAGCUAUCUUGCUCAACCUGGAACUAUCAAAGAUCUACAAUAGGCUCUUACUUUCUCAAGCCAAAAGAGCUGAAGAAAGAUGACAUUACUGCAACAGCAGUGGAUAUAACUUCUUGUGGAAACUUUGCUAUAAUUGGUCUCUCAUCAGGAACUGUAGAUGUAUAUAACAUGCAGUCUGGUAUACAUCGAGGAAGGUUUGGUGAGGAUCAAGCUCAUAAAGGGUCUGUUAGAGGUGUUGCAGUGGAUGGAUUAAACCAGUUGACAAUUACGACUGGUAGUGAAGGAUUACUCAAGUUUUGGAACUUUAAAAACAAAAUUUUAAUCCAUUCUGUGAGCCUUGAUUCAUCUCCAAAUAUGAUGCUGCUACACAGAGACAGUGGCAUUCUGGGACUCGCCUUGGAUGACUUCUCCAUUAGUGUUCUGGACAUAGAAACUAGAAAGACUGUCAGAGAGUUUUCUGGACACCAAGGCCAAAUAAAUGACAUGGCUUUCAGUCCUGAUGGUCGUUGGUUAAUAACUGCUUCAAUGGAUUGCUCUAUUAGAACUUGGGACCUUCCUUCUGGGUGCCUUAUAGACAGCUUUUUGUUGGACUCAGCUCCUCUCAAUGUAACGAUGUCCCCUACCGGAGACUUUCUGGCCACUUCCCACGUGGACCACCUUGGAAUUUAUCUAUGGUCCAAUAUUUCCCUGUAUUCAGUUGUUUCAUUACGGCCACUUCCCACAGAUUAUGUUCCUUCAGUAGUGAUGCUUCCUGGAACUUGUCAAACUGAAGAUGUAGAAUUAUCAGAAGAAACCAUAGAACCAAGUGAUGAAAUGAUAGAGUAUGAUUCCCCAGAACAGUUGAAUGAGCAGUUGGUGACUCUAUCCCUCCUUCCUGAAUCACGGUGGAAAAACCUUCUUAAUCUUGAUGUUAUUAAGAAAAAGAAUAAACCAAAGGAACCUCCCAAAGUACCCAAGUCAGCACCAUUUUUUAUACCAACAGUUCCUGGCCUUGUACCCAGAUAUGCUGCGCCUGAGCAAAAUAAUGAUCCACAGCAGUCUAAAGUGGUAAAUCUUGGAAUUUUGGCUCAAAAAUCAGAUUUCUUCUUGAAACUUGAAGAAGGACUCAUGAAUAAUAAGUAUGAUGCUGCUCUUAACCUUCUGAAAGAAUUAGGUCCAUCGGCAAUUGAAACAGAGCUGCGGAGCUUGUCUCCUGAAUGUGGUGGGUCUGUAGAGGUUAUGCAGAGUUUCUUAAAAAUGAUUGGAAUGAUGUUGGCCCGAAAGCGUGAUUUUGAGUUAGCCCAGGCAUACCUAGCAUUGUUUCUAAAGUUACACCUUAAAAUGCUUCCUUCAGAGCCAAAACUUCUAGAAGAAAUGACACAGUUGUCAUCCCAGGUGGAAGAAAACUGGAUUCAUUUGCAAUCACUCUUCAAUCAAAGCAUGUGCAUUUUAAAUUAUAUAAAAAGUGCUUUGUUACAAUAAAAAUAAAUUUGUGACUUUUAUAAACCAAAGACUUUUAUAUUAAAUGGGUUCAGUUUAACUCAUACUUUGUUUUUCAAGUUUCAUUGUAAGAGAAAAUUAAAGUAGCAUUACUGACUAGUCAGUCAUUUUCUACUUAAAAGAUAAACACUUUCUUGAAAUAAAAUUAUACUAGCCUUUCUUUUUAAAAACUUAAAGAAUCCACUCAAAUAAUUUAUUUUCUGAUCCUCUUCACAUUAGCUACUUAGGUAUGACUUUUUUUAAAAUUGUCAUCACAAGCUCCUGUUUUUUUGAAUAUUUGUAGUAUGUAAGAGAUUCUGGAUAUUUCAUGUAAAAUGUUGCUUAAUCAUGUUGAAGAUAAAACUGAUCUAUAAUCCUAUAUAAUAAAAAGCUAAUAUGCAAAUUGACCCAAACAGCAGAACAACCGGUCACUAUGAUGCGCACUGACCACCAGGGGAUAGGCACUCAAUGCACGAGAUGCCCCCUGGUGGUCAGUGCACUCCCACAGGGGGAGCGCCGGUUGGCCAGAAGCCGGGCUCACAGUUGGCGAGCGCAGCAGUAGUGGCGAGAGCCUCUCCCACCUCCUCCAUAGUGCUAAGGAGCAGCAAGCUGAGCAGUAAGGAGCAGGGAGGUGGGGAGGGGGGGCGGUAAGGAGUGAGGGGCCCGGACUGCCAGAGGGAUGUCUGACUGAUGGUUUAGCAGGUGAGCGGGCCUAAGUCAUUAGUCGGACAUCCCCUGAGGGCUCCCGGACUGCCUGCGAGAGGGUGCAGGCCAGGCUGAGGGACCCCCUGCUCCCCCCCCCCCCCGAGUUCACAGAUUUCAUGCACUGGGCCUCUGGUACAGUUAUGAAAGCACCUUGAUAUGAAGUAAAAAGAUGUGUUUCCUUUCUUGGUGGCCUUUGCUGAACAUGGGGGUCAUUGAUUCUCAGAGCUGGGAGGCUGUCAGACAUUAGUGCAGCCCUCUUGUAAUCAGAGGAGGAAUCUGCUAAUGUCAGCGUGGGACCUCAGCAUCAGAGCCAGGUUUUCUGACACUGCCCUAGUGCUCUCUCUCUCCAUUGUAGCCUUUCUAAAUCUUCUUUUAGGAAUGUGAGAGGCACUUUGACUUGGCAAAUUGCUGUAGGAGACAGUUGAACAGAUACCUAAGAUAGAUGAGGGAAAUUCCAAAUUCCAUUGAAGAUAUCCUUCAAAGGUUUUUCUUCCUUACUGAUGACCUCUUUAUUUAGCAAGAAACUGCUGACUCAACUUUUCUCUCAUCACCAUUGUGAAACCAGAUAGCUCUGGCAAUUCCUCCUUUCUCACCAUUAUUUUCCUUUCAUGUUCAAAACUCUAGCAAUACAUGAAUUAAAAAUAAGCAGUUCUUAAAAGCACAGUGCUCUAAAAACAAUUUUUAGCCAUAGCUAGUGGGGUUUGUGCAGGAAGCAACCAAUCAAUGGUUCCCAUCAUUGAUGUUUCUAUCACUCUCCCUUCCUCUCUAAAAUAAAUAAAAAUAUAUUUUUAAAAAUAAAGUAAAAACAAUUUUUAGUUUAUAUACUUAAAAGUAGUGUAAUUCACAAAAUUCACCUGGUUGUAUUUGAAUGCCAAUUAUCAUCAUUCUCAUUAGGGUAAGAAGGUUUUACAGAAUAAUCUCCAGAAGGAACAGUCCUCACAAGGAGUUGUCAGUGAUAACUUACAUCAAGCAUGUAGUUUAAUUGUAUAAGGUAGAAUUAGUAAACUGCUAAAGAAAUAAGCCAAUCUAGUUUUAUGUUCUUGUAUUUCUUUUAGAAGUGUGUAUAAACUUAAAGCCACUGAUCAAAAUAUUAACAAUGACUUAAGUUCUAACUUUUGAAACUGUAUUUCCCUCUGGUCCAAUACUAUAUUCUAAAGUUGUGGCAAAAUUCCAAAAUAUAAGCAUGUACCAUGUGAAAAUUAUAAAUGACUGAAACAAGAGCUCUAAACUGAAAUUGUAUUGCUUUUAUAAAUCUUGAACUGAUUUUUUUUUUCUCUUCAAAUGAGAAUACAGAAGUUGAGUGUUUUUAUUUGAGAUAUUGUUUUAUUUAGACAGCAUUGCAUCCUCAUUUUUAGGUACUCUAGAACCUUUCCUGUGUGUUUGCCAUCAGGGAAGGGAAAAAGAAGGAAAUACAAAGUAUAAUUUGUGUGUAUAUUUUUUUCUGAGAAUGCAUGUCUUUGCAUACUGCUUUUCAAAAUUUAAAUUACAAAUAUAUUUUAUGGCAUUUUACUUGUAAAAACAUCAGAGACAGUUCUAUAUUUUUACAUUGACCUUCAAUCUCAAUACACUUCCUAGAAGUAACACCUUUUUCUGUGAAUGUACAUAAAUGUUAUAUAUAGCCACAUGAAACAAAAUGUGUGUAAUCCUUGUUUUUUACAUAAAUAUAUGUAUAUCAUUCA